AUGUGGAAUAACAAUGUGAUAGCAGUCCAACAGUAUCCAGUAAGGCCUCAGGUGGCAGAUAUUAACGAAAACAUUCUCUCGAAUGAAGUUAUCUCAGAGUCAGGUUUAACUGACGAUUUUAUUAAAGGAUCCGGUCGACAGCUCGAAGAGGUCAUUAGUAGUUUCGAUCUCUUUUGCAAUAGUUUACAUAUUGAUCCCAAUAAUUCUGGAUUUAGGAUAGUAACCGAUGGCCAACUUCCGUUACGACAGUGCCUGCAUCCGGAAGCGUGUAGGAAAGACUUAGAUCUGCCACCUUACUAUAGCACAUUCCAUGACCUUAGGAAAGAAGUAGCCAAAUAUGUGGGGAGGAUGGACGACUCACCUCAGUCCGUUUCUUCAAUGUUAGAAUAUUUAGAGAUGGAUCCCGAUCUCGAUCAAGAAUUUUAUAAGAAAGAAGCUAAAGAUAUGGUUAAUGUUGUACAAAGACUCAUUUCACUUGGUCAUAGAUUUGAUAUACCUGAAAAUAUACACAUUACAUUGGAGCCUGGCAUAUGUUCAAAAGACGAUGAAAUUGACAGCAAUUGCGUAGUAAGAGCGAGAGGAUUACCGUGGCAAAGUAGUGAUCAGGAUAUAGCAAAUUUCUUUAGAGGAUUAAAUGUCGCAAAGGGCGGUGUAGCUUUGUGUUUAUCAGCACAAGGACGACGAAACGGUGAAGCUUUAGUGAGAUUUGUUAGCCAAGAACAUAGAGAUAUGGCGUUAAAGAGACAUAAGCACCACAUUGGUACUCGAUGGAUAGAAGUAUAUAGAGCCACUGGGACUGAUUUUCUCGCUGUUGCAGGUGGAUCUAGCUGUGAAGCGCAGGCGUUCCUUUCGAAGGGGGCUGCUUUGGACUUUUUCGCCAGUGGCGAAAACUCGUGUACGGUUUUGGAUGGCGUGGAUGGAGUUCUUUUCGUAAGAAAACCUGACGGACGAGCGACUGGAGAUGCGUUCGUACUAUUCGCAUCUGAAUCGGAUUCCUCCAAAGCUCUCUCCAAACAUAGGGAAUGCAUAGGUUCACGAUAUAUAGAAUUAUUUAGAUCCACAACUGCUGAAGUGCAACAGUGUUCCGGUGAGGAUAUGAAUCUCGUACUAACAGGAGGAAUACCUCCCGUACCAACCAAAGCAGCUACAGCACUUCUAAGUCCUGGUAUGUUACCUCCAAUAGCGCAUCUACCCCCCACUAAUAUACCACCACCACCCCCACCUCAAUCAGCUACGGCGACAACUAUGUCUCAGAGUUUGGUUUCACAUUCCCCCCAUAUAACGUGGGAUAGUUCGGCGCUGUUUGCUCAACAGCAAGCCCAAAUUAUAGCUCAACACAAUCUUAUGGCUCGACAAAAUCAAGCUCAACAAGCGCAAAAUGAAAUGUUGUUAAUGAACCAAAUUGCGCAACAAAAUUUCGCACUUUUUGGACAAAAUAUCUCCCCUUUAUCUCCAAAUAGUGCUCAAACGACUCCUACAGGCGUUCCUGUUAAUUCCGUCCUAAAAACUCCCCAGCACCACGCUAUGCCUCUCAUGCCCAUGGUCCCGACUCACCCCUUUAUGCUUUUCCCCCCUAGAAUGCCUAUUACCCUACAAAGACCACCUCCUAUGCUUUACCAACAACUAGUACCGGGGCAAACGCAGGUUUCUGUAGUUCCUCAUGUUGCUGUAAAAAGAAGCUACGGAGAUGCUUUUAGUGAUCAGGCGUCUCCCGCAAAAAGACCUUUUGCCCCCGCUUCUUUGUCCAUGUAUCCUCCAUUUUAUCCCAACAUGUAA